AUGCGCUUAUUUACCGUCGUAUUCUCGGUACUUUCCACCAUCAACUCAUACGCUCAGGCUACUACUCCAGACUCUUCUCAACGCAUCUCAACAGAUAUUUUCUAUUGGCCCAUAACAUCCUCUGAACCUUCGGUCUUCGCCCGCGUCUCCUACGAUCCAAACUCUUUAGAGUCCAACGUGAUAUCCUACUCACCUCCAAUCACGGUGCAAACUGAGUCAUCAAGCCUAGUGCGUGUCGGCCUAUAUACAUCCAACGGGAUCGACCCGAAGCAAUGGACCGGGACUCUCACGUCUUGGUCUGCCAUCGCAGGAAGUGAUGGUCAAAGGCCAAUGCUUCAGCUUUAUCUCGAUUCUUCUAAUAAAGUCUACUUCGUGGCUCUAACAUUAUCACUGCUCGAGUCUACCACUGCAUCAAACACAACAAGCCCUAUUAUGAAACUUAUCCCCCUCGAAGCUGGACCCCGACCGCAUCUUAAUCGCCCUGUUGUUGUCACUCCAGAUGGCACAAUCCCUGAAGAUGUCGUUGAGAAAACAUUCUUCCAAAAGUAUUGGUGGGUUUUCCUCAUCAUCACAUUUCUGGCUAUGUCUGGUAGCGGAGAAGAACAAUAA